AUGACGGUGGGGAUGAUCAACGCGAACCCGGUGGUGCACGAGCGGCCGGAGCGCGCCGCCCACCCCGCGCACGCGGCGCUCGACGCGCUCGACGUCUUCGAUACGGUGCGGGACAUCAAGGACCCGGAGCACCCCUACUCGCUGGAGCAGCUCAGCGUGCUCUCCCAGGAGUCCGUCUCCGUCGACGAGAAGCUCGGCCACAUCCAUGGAGAUUCAGAGCGUGAUCUUGAAAGCACGCUGCAUACACAAGUGCAGCGCUCACUGCUUUUUAUCAAAAAUAAAUUAAAGAUAACCUUCACCCCAACUGUGCAACACUGCAGUAUGGCCACAGUGAUUGGUCUGUGCCUCAGGCUUAAAUUGAUGCAAAACUUUCCUCCGCAUUACAAGAUUGACAUAAAAGUUGCUCCAGGAUCUCUUGCUAAUGAAGAAUCAGUAAACAAGCAGCUGAACGACAAGGAGAGAGUCGCGGCGGCCUUGGAGAACCCCAACCUCCGGCAGUUGGUGGACGAUUGCCUCUGCUCAGAUCACUCAUCCUCAUAUUAG